GUGUAGAUUGAAACCUCUCAACUCAAUUCAUAAAUGGAACAGAACAAGAAAACUCCCUCCCGCCAUUGUUGCGUUGGGUGACAUGUUCCUCACAAACAGAGACCCCCAACCAAUAUCCAAAAUCUCUCAUCAUCUUCACUCUCUCAUUGCAGAACCCUUUAAUAAUUGGAGGAGAAAACACCAAAAACAACAAAGAGCUUGCAUUUUUAAUUUCCCAUUUUAGCGACGAACAGAGGAACUAUGAAGGGCAAGGCGAAAAGCUCCAAACUGAAGUUUGGUAUUCCUGUUUUCUGUCUCUGCACCCUCUUCUUCUUUGUUGGGCUCUUUGUGUCUCCUAUCAUCUUUCAGGAUUUGGGUGAGGUGGGGCAAGGGUCUAGGAUACUCCAUCAUUCGGUGAAGAAAGAAGAGUAUGAGCCUCUUGAGCAUGGUAAAUCUGGGGAACCUUUUGUUGAUUCAAUUCCAUUUCAGAUUUUAAGUUGGAGACCCAGGGCGGUUUACUUUCCAAACUUCACAAAUGCGGAAGUAUGUGAACAAAUAAUUAAAAUGGCAAAGCCUAAACUUGAACCAUCAAGGUUAGCUUUGCGAAAAGGAGAAACUGCUGAGAACACAAAAGACACUAGAACAAGUUCAGGCGCAUUCAUCAGUGCAUCAGAAGACAAAUCUGGCAUCUUAGACCUCAUUGAGACGAAAAUCGCUAAGGCUACAAUGAUUCCAAAGACCUUUGGAGAAGAUUUCAAUAUAUUGAGGUAUGAAGUUGGCCAGAAAUAUGAUUCUCAUUAUGAUGCAUUCAACCCAGAUGAAUAUGGCAAACUUGAGAGCCAAAGGGUUGCUUCCUUCUUGUUAUACCUGUCAAAUGUGGAAGCCGGAGGAGAAACAAUGUUCCCUUUCGAGGAUGGUUUGAAUAUGGAUUCAGGUUAUGAUUACCAUGAAUGCAUUGGUUUGAAGGUGAAGCCCCGGCAAGGUGAUGGACUUCUAUUUUAUUCAUUGUUUCCAAAUGGGAAAAUUGAUAAGACUUCUCUUCAUGGAAGUUGUCCGGUGAUUAAAGGGGAGAAAUGGGUUGCAACAAAGUGGAUUAAUGAUCGAAAGCUAUUCUACUAGUUUUCUUUCUUAAGGCGUUUGCAAUUAUGUCCUCAUGUUAACCUAUAUUCAGAGAUGCUUCCUUUUUGUGUAUAUAUCGGUGCUACAAAUUUUUCCCUGUAAUUAAGGAUGAUAAAGAGCUGUAACUUAUAGGCUCAAAUGAGUGAAUGAGCAAUCUUGUAUAUAUUUUAUGAUU